ACACUGGCAGAUUAAAACGCUCUGAUGGGGAAGGGCUUACAGGCUGAGUCAAAAGCCAAGAAGUCUCUUUAUUUACGCCUACCUCCCAGCCCUUGGCAAUCUGACUAAUAACAAACUGAGCUAACAAGAAAUACUAGAAAAGGAGGAAGGAGAACAUUGCUGCAGCUUGGAUCUACAAACUAAGAAAGCAAGAGUGAUCAAUCCCAGCUCUGUUAAACAUCUUGUUUACUUACUGCAUUCAGCAGCUUGCAAAUGGUUAACUAUAUGCAAAAAAGUCAGCAUAGCUGGGAAGUAUGCUGUGAAUUUUAAUUGAGGGAAAAAGGGACAAUUGCUUCAGGAUGCUCUAGUAUGCACUCUGCUUGAAAUAUUUUCAAUGAAUUGCUCAGUAUUCUAUCUUUGACCAGAGGUUUUAACUUUAUGAACCUAUGGGACUUGACAAAAAGUGAUAUUUGAGAAGAAAGUACACAGUGGUUGGUGUUUUCUUUUUUAAUAAAGGAACUGAAUUACUUUGAACACCUCUUCCAGCUGUGCGUUACAGAUACCGUCAGGAAGAGUCUCUGCUUUACAGAAUCGGAUUUCAUCACAUGACAACAUGAAGCUGUGGAUUCUUCUCUUUUAUUCAUCUCUCCUUGCCUGUAUGUCUUUACAGUCCCAAACUCCAGUGUUCUCAGUCAGAAGCUCUUGUGAUUCUCUUUGCAAUUGUGAGGAAAAAGAUGGCACGAUGCUAAUAAAUUGUGAAGAAAAAGGUAUCAAGACGGUAUCUGAAAUAAGUGUGCCACCAUCACGACCUUUCCAACUAAGCUUAUUAAAUAAUGGCUUGACAAUGCUUCACACAAAUGACUUUUCUGGGCUUACCAAUGCUAUUUCAAUACACCUUGGAUUUAACAAUAUUGCAGAUAUUGAGAUAGGUGCAUUUAAUGGCCUUGGCCUCCUUAAGCAACUUCAUAUCAAUCACAAUUCUUUAGAAAUUCUUAAAGAGGAUACUUUCCAUGGACUGGAAAACCUGGAAUUCCUGCAAGCCGAUAACAAUUUUAUCACAGUGAUUGAACCAAGUGCCUUUAGCAAGCUCAACAGACUCAAAGUGUUAAUUUUAAAUGAUAAUGCUAUUGAGAGUCUUCCUCCAAACAUCUUCCGAUUUGUUCCUUUAACCCAUCUAGAUCUUCGUGGAAAUCAGUUACAAACAUUGCCUUAUGUUGGUUUUCUCGAACACAUUGGCCGAAUAUUGGAUCUUCAGUUGGAGGACAAUAAAUGGGCCUGCAAUUGUGACUUACUGCAGUUAAAAACUUGGUUGGAGAACAUGCCUCCGCAGUCUAUAAUUGGUGAUGUUGUCUGCAAUAGCCCUCCAUUUUUUAAAGGAAGUGUACUCAGUAGACUAAAGAAGGAAUCCAUUUGCCCCACUCCACCAGUGUAUGAAGAACAUGAGGAUCCUUCAGGAUCGUUACAUUUGGCAGCAACAUCUUCAAUAAAUGAUAGUCGCAUGUCAACUAAGACCACAUCCAUUCUAAAACCACCCACCAAAGCACCACGUUUGAUACCUUAUAUUACAAAGCCAUCCACUCAACUUCCAGGACCUUACUGCCCUAUUCCUUGUAACUGCAAAGUCCUAUCCCCAUCAGGACUUCUAAUACAUUGUCAGGAGCGCAACAUUGAGAGCUUAUCAGAUCUGAGACCUCCUCCGCAAAAUCCUAGAAAGCUCAUUCUAGCGGGAAAUAUUAUUCAUAGUUUAAUGAAGUCUGAUCUAGUGGAAUAUUUCACUUUGGAAAUGCUUCACUUGGGAAACAAUCGUAUUGAAGUUCUUGAAGAAGGAUCAUUUAUGAACCUAACGAGAUUACAAAAGCUGUAUCUAAAUGGUAACCAUCUGACCAAAUUAAGUAAAGGCAUGUUCCUUGGCCUCCAUAAUCUUGAAUACUUAUAUCUUGAAUACAAUGCCAUUAAGGAAAUACUGCCAGAAACAUUUAAUCCAAUGCCUAAACUUAAAGUCCUCUACUUAAAUAACAACCUCCUCCAAGUUUUGCCACCACAUAUUUUUUCAGGGGUUCCUCUAACUAAGGUAAAUCUUAAAACAAACCAGUUUACCCAUCUACCUGUAAGUAAUAUUUUGGAUGAUCUUGAUUUACUAACCCAGAUUGACCUUGAGGAUAACCCCUGGGACUGCUCCUGUGACCUGGUUGGACUGCAACAAUGGAUACAAAAGCUAAGCAAGAACACAGUGACAGAUGACAUCCUCUGCACUUCUCCCGGGCAUCUCGACAAAAAGGAAUUAAAAGCCCUAAAUAGUGAACUUCUCUGUCCAGGUUUAGUAAAUAACCCAUCCAUGCCAACACAGACUAGUUACAUUAUUGUCACCACUCCUACAACAACAACGAAUACGGCCGAUACUAUUUUACGGUCUCUUACAGAUGCUGUGCCACUGUCUGUUCUAAUAUUGGGACUUCUGAUUGUGUUCAUCACUAUUGUGUUCUGUGCUGCAGGGAUAGUGGUUCUUGUUCUUCACCGCAGGAGAAGAUACAAAAAGAAACAAGUAGAUGAGCAAAUGAGGGACAACAGUCCCGUGCAUCUUCAGUACAGCAUGUAUGGCCAUAAAACCACUCAUCACACUACUGAAAGACCCUCUGCCUCUCUCUAUGAACAGCACAUGGUGAGCCCCAUGGUUCAUGUCUAUAGAAGUCCCUCCUUUGGUCCAAAGCAUUUGGAAGAGGAAGAAGAGGGGAAUGAGAAAGAAGGAAGUGAUGCAAAACAUCUCCAAAGAAGUCUUUUGGAACGGGAAAAUCAUUCACCACUCACAGGGUCCAAUAUGAAAUACAAAACCACGAACCAAUCGACAGAAUUUUUAUCCUUCCAAGAUGCCAGUUCACUGUAUAGAAACAUUUUAGAAAAAGAAAGGGAACUUCAGCAACUGGGAAUCACAGAAUACCUAAGGAAAAACAUUGCUCAGCUCCAGCCUGAUAUGGAGGCACAUUAUCCAGGAGCCCACGAAGAACUGAAAUUAAUGGAAACAUUAAUGUACUCACGUCCAAGGAAGGUAUUAGUGGAACAGACGAAAAAUGAGUAUUUUGAACUCAAAGCUAAUUUACAUGCUGAACCUGACUAUUUAGAAGUCCUGGAGCAGCAAACAUAGAUGGAGAGUUUGAGGGCUUUCACAGAAAUGCUAUGAUUCUGUUUAAAGUCCAUACCUUGUAAAUAAGUGCCUUACAUGAGUGUGUCAUCAAUCAGAACUUAAGCACAGUAGUAAACUACGGGGGAAAAAAAGGAAGAAAAAUAAACUCAGGGAUCAUUGGGAGAAGCCAUGGCAUUAUCUUCAGGCAAUUCAGUCUGUCCCAAAUAAAAUAAAUCCUUGCAUGUAAAUCAUUCAAGGGUUAUAGUAAUAUUUCUCCAUAUACUGAAAAGUGUCUCAUAGGAGUCCUCUUGCACAUCUAAAAAGGUUGAACAUUAAAGUAUCCCGAAUUUUCUUGAAUUGCUUUCCCUAUAGAUUAAUUACAAUUGGAUUUCAUCAUUUAAAAACCAUACCUGUAUAUGUAGUUAUAAUAUGUAAGGAAUACAUUGUUUAUAACCAGUAUGUACUUCAAAAAUGUAUAUUGUCAAACAUACCUAACUUUCUUGCAAUAAAUGCAAAAGAAACUGGAACUUGACAAUUACAAAUUACAGUGAAGAAAAAAUAUAAAGGUUGUAAUUACAUAGGUCAUGGGUGGCUCAAAACUUUGAGCAUUUGAGCUUAAACAAAUGCCACUCUCGUGCAUUCUAAGUUUAAAAAGUUAAAAUGAUUAAUAGUUCAGGUGGAAUAAAUAAGCAUAUUUUGGGGGGUUUUCUACACAUUUUGUGUAGAUAAUUUUAAUGUCAGUGCUGCUGUGAACUAAAGUAUGUCAUUUAUGUUCAAAGUUUAAUUCUUCUUCUAGGGAUAUUUUAAAAAUGCUACUGAGAUUCUGCUGUAAAUAUGACUAGAGAAUCUAUUGGGUUUGCUUUAUUUCAUAGGCUUAAUUCUUUGUAAAUUUGAAUGACCAUGAUAGAAAUACAUUUCUUGUGGCAAGUAAUUCACAGUUGUAAAGUAAAUAGGAAAAAUUAUUUUAUUUUUAUUGAUGUAUAUUGAUAGAUGCCAUAAAUCAGUAGCAAAAGGCACUUCUAAAGGUAAGUGGUUUAAGUUGCCUCAAGAGAGGGACAAUGUAGCUUUAUUUUACAAGAAGGUAUAGUUAGAUUUCUAUGAAAUAUUUAUUCUGUACAGUUUUAUAUAUUUUUGGUUCACAAAAGUAAUUAUUCUUGGGUGCCUUUCAAGAAAAUUAAAAAUACUACUCACUACAAUAAAACUAAAAUGAAAACUCUA